GUUAGAUGACAGGCGCAGAGCACGUGUGUUGGGGGUUUAACUGUGACUGAAAGCAUCAGACCCUUGGGUGUCACUCACCAGGAACACGCUUCUAAGCAAUACUCGUAACGGUUGAGAUCGAACUGGUCACUCAAUACAGAUCAACCCGCUCCAUCCUUCAGUGCUGCUCAUUGGUUCAUCUCUGUUCCAGCUGAGGCCAUGCAAACUCUCUUCCUGCUCCCUGUCCUGCUGUUGCUCCUGCACGCCACCGGGGGGUGCUACAAGACCUGGGAUGAUAGUGAAGAGCUAGCCGAGUUUGAUGAGGGUGACUUUGCAGAGUUUGAAGAGGCAGCUGAAGGCGCGUUGGCCGAGGCAGAGCCCAGCGGUAGGCUGGAGCUCAGGGAGGAGCUUGCCCUUGGGCUGGGGGAGGAGCCUGUUGUGGAUCUGGGGGAGGAGCCUGACCUAGAGCCAGAGGAGGAGCAGGAAGAGUUUGAGAAUGGGGAAAUACCAGAUGAAGACAGCAAAUACGACGCCGAGGAGUUUGAGGGCUUUGAAUAUCCCUCCUUCAAAGACCCCAUCAACGUUGUGACGGUGUCCUCGCUCCUGCAGACCCGCUGGGAAAAUUACCACAUAGAGAUCAUUUUGGUCAUGGGGCUGCUUGCUUACAUCAUCGCUUACCUCAUCGGCAAGAGGAGAAACAGCUGGCUGGCACAGGCCUGGUUCAGCUCACACCGGGAGCUCCUGGAGAGGAACUUCGCCCUCGUAGGUGAUGACGGCUCUGGGGCGGAGGUGGUGAGCUCUGGGAAGCUGCUCCCGGUGAGCGAGCACAUCUACAGCCUGUGGUGCUCGGGCCGGCUGUGCUGCGAGGGCAUGCUCGUCCAGCUCAGGCUGCUGAAGAGGCACGACCUGCUCAAUGUACUGGCCAGGGUGAUGAGGCCGGCCUGCGAUCAAGUGCACGUGAAGGUCACCCUGAGCGAGGAGGACAUGGACACGUUUGUGUUUGCGCUGGGCACCAGGAAGGCCUUGGCUCGCAUGCAGAAGGAGAUGCAGGAUCUGAGUGAACUUUGCGGUGAUAAGCCGAAGUCUGGGGCGAAGUACGGGCUUCCUGAGUCCCUGGCCAUCUUGUCGGAGAUGGGAGAGGUGACCGAGGGAGUACUGGACAGCAAGUUUUCUCAUUACCUCGUCAAUCAUGCUGACAAGAUUGAGUCCAUCCAUUUUUCAGACCAAUUCUCUGGUUCAAAGCUUAUACAAGAGGAUGGUCAGCCCUUAAAACUCCCUGAGACCAAGAAAACACUUCUGUUUACAUUUAAUGGUAAGAAAUUAAUUAUUGAUAAAUACUUUGUAGAUGCUUAGUUGAUAUUUAAUAAAGUUAGUCUGUGUGUGGUAAGGCCAAACUGAAUGUGAAUGUCACACAAGGAUGAAAUAGACAAUGCUGAGAAAUGGGUAGCUUACAACAGUAUAACAGUCUGUUACAACAGUAUUAGAAUUUAUCAGUGCGGAAAUCCUGGUUUUCUUUAUAAUAACAUAUUUAUUAAUCUUUCAACAUGUGGAUUAAUCUUCAAAAGUGAAUGUUAGUGAUUGAUAUUGCAGUUACUCAAACUGUGUUGUGCAGUCAUAAGUGCUCACUAUUCUCUCACUGUCAAAAACAUUAAUG